UCCACCAAUCCAAACACUGUACUUCCUCUCAGGUGGGGCCACGACCUUUAUCUUCAUACUGCUGGGAGCAAGAGCUGUUAUCUCCUUGCUCAUACGAUCUGCAAUCCCCGGAAACAUGGUGGACCCGCCACUAAGCACCACAUUUCCAUAAAGAUCCUUACGGAUAUCCACGUCACACUUCAUGAUGGAGUUAUACGUCGUCUCGUGAAUUCCAGAAGCUUCCAUCCCGACCAGCGACGGCUGGAAGAGGACCUCCGGGCAGCGGAACCUCUCGGCACCUAUGGUGAUGACCUGCCCGUCGGGCAGCUCGUAGCUAUUCUUGGCAGUCUCGACUUCCUGUUCGAAGUCAAUGGCAACAUAUGCAAGUUUCUCCUUCACGUCACGAACGAUUUCCCGUUCGGCAGUUGUUGUGAACUUGUAGCCUCUUUCGGUCAAGAUCUUCAUAAGAUAAUCGGUGAGAUCACGGCCAGCAAGGUCCAGACGAAGGAUGGCGUGUGGGAGGGCGUAGCCCUCGUAAAUAGGGACAAAAGGGUAAGGGAUGCGCAAAAGAAAAAUGUAAUCCUCAAGAGUGUUUUUCAUAAUAAUCUAAUUUGUUCGCCCACUGGCAUAGAGGGAAAGGACAGCCUGGAUAGCAACAUACAUAGCUGGCACAUUGAAGGUCUCAAACAUGAUCUGAGUCAUUUUCUCUCUGUUGGCCUUUGGGUUGAGAGGAGCUUCUGUGAGCAGAACCGGGUGCUCCUCAGGAGCCACACGAAGUUCAUUGUAGAAAGUGUGAUGCCAGAUUUUCUCCAUGUCAUCCCAGUUGCUGACUAUACCAUGCUCAAUUGGAUAUUUCAGUGUCAAAAUACCUCUUUUGGAUUGAGCCUCGUCACCUACAUAAGCAUCCUUUUGCCCCAUCCCAACCAUCACGCCUGUAUGCCGUGGACGACCAACUAUACUUGGAAAAACUGCUCGUGGGGCAUCAUCACCAGCAAAUCCAGCCUG